AGUACAGAAGAAAAGAGAGACCGCGGAGGAAGCGUUCUCCAUUUUGCUUCCUCUCUUUCACCGACGAAGCAGGAAGAAGAAGAAGGAUCAGGAGACUUCCCUCCCUCACUCCUUAUACACGAAAACCAGAUCAUAAUCAGAUACCAGAUCAUAUCUGUCACUGCUUUCACCACUCCACCCUCUCUUGAACUCAGCUCUCUCCUUAUCGGUCGAAAUCUGCAUGAUGAAUCCAGCAUCAGAGUCUCCCUCAAGUCCUCAGCAACACCAAACCACUGUUACUUCCACGACCGAGAUCCAGUUGCGGCCAAUAAUCGAUGACAUGUUUCAGAACUCAUGGGAAGCUGCAGAAAGAGGUUAUGAAACAUCUAGCUAUUAUGAAUCCAAGUUGAAGCAAAUCCUACAGUUCGCCUUCAUUGAUAUCAUCAUCAGCUCAAUGGCACUGUUCGCAGUUUUCAUAGGACAGCGAGAUCUGAAAGGCCGUGCAAACGAAUUGCACCUUCUCAUCUGCGGCUUCCUCACCACCUGCAGUCUUCUCUGUGGGGUAACCCUAAUGUUCUUCACCAUCAAUUUGCUAAGUCGCAAGAAUCACAGUGUCCAAAGAGGCCAGCAUAUGACCACCGUUUUCCUCCUCGUCAUUUCAUGCGCUCUCCUCAUCCUUACAGCAGCUGGUUUCUCAACUCUCCUCCAUAAACGCUCCAUGUUUCUGGCAGCCCUGCUUCCGGGAUGUUUGCUUCUCGGCACCCUCGUCUACUUCAUAGUCCACGCAGGGGAUGAUCAUGAUCAGAAUUCCACAGGAUAUGCGAGCUAUAAAUCAGAGCUGAAACAUUCGUUGGGUCUCUCAUUCACUGUUGUCUCCCUUGCAUUCAGUGGGCUGAUAACUACUCUUAUUGGGACCGCUAAAAGUCAUUCGGAUCAAGCCCUUACCAUAAACACGAAGAUCUGCAUCUUUCAGAUGUUCUUCGCCGCCAUGUUUGGCCUUCUGUUGAUGCUGCUCAGCUCAGUCCCACCAAGCUUCAAGCAGCAAAGCACCAGGGAGUUCCUUACCAAGCUCCUCAAAGCACUCAGCUACUCUCUGCUGGGCUCAUUGGCACUCAUAGCCGCUACGGCGGCUUCUGCUUUCCUUGACGUCUUCCUUGUACUGGUUCUCCUGCCGACACCAUUUCUUGGAGUCACUCUUUGGUUCUGCAUAGAGUGGCACAGCACCCAGAAACAGCCGCACGGACCGCGCACUACUACCAACGUUGGUCAUGAUCUCAAGCUCAAACUCAUUUCCAAGGUCGCUACUACCACGACAUCCAUCAGCUUCGGAGGUCUUAUGGGCCUCUUCUCAAGAUUUAUCGGCAGAAAAGGCAGUGAAUUGCAGCUCAAGCUCUGCGUGCUGGUGAUGUUCUUCGCAUUUCUGUCCAGUUUCAGCGUGAAGCUGCUCACUUUCAGUACUCCAAAGCCAGGAACUCUGAUGACAGUUAUCAAAUCCUUAAGCACUUGCUCUGUCUUGUUGCUCCUAUUCUCUGCCAUUAUCGUCUUCUUCCUCGAGUUCCUGGGUGGCUGAGCACCACGAAAAUUACUACUUACUUGCUGCUCGGGAAAAUGCUCAUGUCAUGUUGAAGCCAGUGGGAUUCGGUCAUAUCCUGAAAGAUCACAUGGAAUGUGACCAUUGCAUUGGAUUACAGUGUAAGUCUUUUUAUUUGAGAAAAAAGCUAGAGAAUUUGAUUACAGCAUCAGUUGUUGUCAUCAAAAAAACAUCCGAGACAUGGCCCAUAUGGUUUUAGGGCUUGUCCAUAAAUAACAUAAGAUUGAUGUAUUGAUUGCUCACUGUGUGCCCACAAGACUUCCAGAGACUUGUAGGGUUAAUAGAGAUGUGGUCCAUAUGUUUGAACUU